GCGCUGUGAGAUUUAGAAAGCAGGCUCACAUACAAGGGGACACGUCAUGCCAGCGGAAGACUAAAAUCAUCUGCGCAUGCGUUUGUCUGUCUUCAGAAUUUGAUGUUUCAAACCACCGGACGAAGAUGAGGUUGCUGUGUAUAUUUGCUCUGGUUGCUGUGGUGGGUCUGGUGGCAGGAGAAGAAGGAGCUCGUCUGCUGGCUUCCAAAUCUCUGUUGAACCGUUAUGCUGUAGAGGGACGAGAUCUCACUCUACAGUACAGCAUCUACAAUGUGGGCAGCAGUGCUGCUCUGGAGGUUGAGCUGUCCGAUGACUCCUUCCCUCCUGAAGACUUUGGCAUUGUUUCAGGAAUGCUUAAUGUGAAAUGGGAUCGCAUUGCUCCUGCCAGUAAUGUUUCUCAUACAGUGGUUUUACGGCCAUUGAAAGCUGGUUACUUCAACUUCACUUCUGCCUCCGUAAGCUAUCUGGCCCAAGAGGGCGGACAGGUUGUGGUUGGUUACACAAGUGCUCCGGGUCAGGGAGGCAUUCUCGCCCAGAGAGAGUUUGACAGGCGCUUUUCUCCACAUUAUCUGGACUGGGCAGCUUUUGGUGUUAUGACCUUACCAUCCAUCGGCAUUCCUCUGCUUCUGUGGUACUCCAGCAAGAGAAAGUAUGACUCUCCAAAGACCAAGAAGAACUAAAAUGUAUUUCACAGGACAAAAACAGAUCAGGGAUCAUAGUGCGAAUGGGUUGGGGAGGUAUAUUAUUGGAAGGGGGAUGAGAAUGUUGUUUUUGAAUACGUUACCCAUAUUGGGGGUAAAAUGGUCAAUGAUUUAAUCUGUUUUUAAAGAAUGUUGGUCUUUAUCUGAUUAAUUUUGUUUGUGGCAUCUGGGGACUGAAGCAUUGUCAAGUGAGAGGAUUAAUAUAGUGGCAGUAAUUGCCCGGUGGCCUCAGAUGCACCACACUAUUUGUUUCUAUUGUCAAAUCUGUUGGACAGAAAAAAAACUGUAUAGCCCUACAUGAUCAUUGUGGGGUUAGUUUUGUGGAAAUAAACAAAGGGUUUUAUAAAGAUA